AGUUGCACCUUUGCUGCUGCCGUUUGCCUGGGUUGGAAUUCAUUUUUUAUUUUUGUAGGCUGUGACUUCUGUCUGGUGAGCAGCCUGCCAGGAUUUCUCUGUUUCCUCCCCCCACCCUUUUCUUUUUGGGUGGGUGGGUGUUCACCUGGUGCUUGACUGCCCUACCCCCAGCUGUUGUGUCUCAGCGUCUGCUCGGCCUGGGUGCCUUGGAGAGCAGCACUUGGCUAGACUCCAGUGGAAGAUACCGGAAGGUAAACAACCCCACCCACCCCUGGUCAGGUUAGAGUUCUUUAAAUAGGGCCUAGUUUGUGGAAGGGAUGAGGUACUAGGUACAUAGGACCGUAGGACAGGAGGGGUGGAUUAUAUUAGGAGAGGCCACAGUAAUCUCCUUCCCCUUAUCCCUUUGUUGUUCAUCACCCCCAAAAGCCCCCCCGAGAAAUAACGCCUGCUUCUUUGGGGGGGGGGGAUUUAAUUUUUCUAGCUUCUGUGUGUGUACUAUUCACUACAGCGCUAUAGCUAGCACUGUGUGUGGUGCACACAACACAAAUAGACCACUCCUGACCCCACAUCCCUUUUAAAAAUAACCAUGUCUGUGUGGGUGUGAGGCAGAGCCAGGAACAGAGUGACAGGAAGGGGGAGGGGUAAUGUUGGUUGUGGUGGGCAAUGGCCAGAGAGGCCUACUCCUCAAGUCGUCCCCAUUUUGUGCGGGCUCUCCUUUUGGGAGGAGGGCUAGAAUUAGAGGGGAGGUCCUCCCCUGUUAGGGAAGAGGCUUUUCUUGUGGCAGCGGAAGAGAUUGUGUUGGCUGCUAGCCCAAAUGACACAGUCCCACCAUCCUCCCCAAACCUCCUUGGCAGUGCAAUCCCACGGUCUGAGACUGAGGAGGAGCUAGAGGAAGUCAUUCCAGUUCCUGGAUCUUGUCAGUCACAGACUGGUGGCGGCAGCCCCCAGAAGGAACCAGCAGCACCAGUACCACCAUUACCGAAACAGGGCUGGACCGGCUCCAAUGGCAGGGUGGUAUGGGACAACUUUGAGCUCCGCCAUGCAGAACCAACCCAUGGUGACCCAACCCUACCGCAGGGCACAGCAACCAACAACAUGGAAGAAAGAAGCCCAAGCCCCCAGCCAGGAGGGAAGGUCUUACUGAUUCCAAGUGCUCGAGUGAUGCCGAGGACCCUGCAUCCAAUGGCUGGUGGAGGCCAAGCAUACAAAAGGAAUAAAAAGGAAGUUAUCAAUCAAGUGGGAGAACAAACUCAGGCAGAAAAGACAACUACAGAACUACCUGCCUGUUCUCAGUAAGAAAAUAUGCUGAGUGCUCCGCUCACUAGCAAACUAAUUCAGAACUACCUGUGAUCUGAAGAGCAUCCUUGUCUGAGGAGAGAUUGCUGAGCACACAGCAUACUUAUUCACAUUACCCGACAAAGAAAUAGGGCCUUCUAAACACCCAUUUUUAGAACUCCCUCCCAAAAGAAUACCUUUAACCUAUUCUGUUAUAUGUUUCAGAGGAUAACAUUGUUGUGAUAUGCUUUGAGCGGCAGUGGCUGAACUUUGAAUUUGGUUAUUGAUUUUUAACCUGAGAAGGGGUGAUUUUCUUAGUUGCUUUUGUUUUGAUUUUAGCCAUUUCUAAAAUUGCUCUAUUUCAUUUGAUUUUAUUGUUGCCAUGUGCUUUUAUUAUAGCUGCAACGUUGCCCAGCUCAUUUAGUGGAUUAGUCAGAUUGGUCUAAAAGAUGUUCCUGAUUAACAUUUAUUUUAAAUGUUGCUUCCCAAUAAGGACAUAUAUUAAAAAUAACCAAAAAUGUUGGGGUGGGGAGCACAUGCCAUCUUGGUAUUCCUCCUCUCUCUUACACAGGAGGGAAUGCCUCUUCUGCGCUAAUGCAUGCAUAAUCUAAAAAUGAAGCAAUAAUGCUUUUUUCUCCAGAAUGAUUACAUCCUCCAUAUGCAGACUCAAUCUAAUAAUUAAAAGAU